UGUGUCCCCAAGGAUAAGGCCAUCAAGAAAUUUGUGAUCAGGAAUAUCGUGGAGGCCGCUGCUGUACGUGACAUCUCUGAUGCCAGCGUAUAUGACGUGUAUGCCCUUCCUAAGCUGUAUGCUAAGCUACUGUACUGUGUGUCCUGUGCCAUCCACUCCAAGGUGGUAAGGAACCGAUCCCGUGAGGCACGCAAAGACAGGACACCCCCGCUCCGCUUCAGGCCCAUGAGGGACGGAAAUGCUCCCAGGCCAGGUGGUGCUGCCGGAGGUGGCGGCGGAGGCAGUGGCGGCGGCGGCGGUGGCGGCGGCGGUGCCCCUGCUGGACCUCGUUAAGCACUGUACAACUUACAAAUAAACACUAGAGAGUGUAA